AACGUGGUGCGGCGGUGGAAAUUUGGUAUCGCAACGUCGGAGUGACUGAUCAUUCGAGUACGCGCGCUGUGGCACGGAGUAUAGAUAUAAAUUCGUAGCAGUGGCGGCCAUAUUUCAGCGUACAAUCUUGUUCAUUGGAGGCUCUAGCUGUAUUUCUAGACACGGUGCACCUAUACAUAUAGAAUAAAGAUAAAAAUGUCUGACCAUCAAGGACAUAGAAAAGAGAUUAAAGAUCAAGGAACAUUGUCCAGGGAUUCUAAAAGAAUGAAAAGGAGAACCUACAGGAAAGUUGUGAGAUUAUUCGAGCUGGGCUUAUUGAAGUUAAAAAAGAUGACCGUAGAGGAAAUUGAUAAUAAUGCCGUUUUACUAUUUACGGAAGUAACUAAAUGCCGGUUAUGUAGCCAAUUUCUAGUCAUGACCGCAAGGAAUUCAUGCUGCGAACCAUGUCUCAUCAAAUGGAUGAACGAGGAUGACCCCGAUGACGAGAUUAUUAAGUGUAGAAUGUGCAAUACACCAAUCAAAGCUGUGCUGAGCGGCAGAGAACUUAAAUUAUUUUACGAACUAGUUGAAUUCAAUGAUAAAAAAAUAAGCUCAAACGGACACUUCGGUUAUCCCGUAUUAGGCAAAGUAGUGAUGUACCAGUUAUUCGUGGACUUGGAAAGAAACCUGGACUUUGCAGAUGAAAGAAUCCAAAAACCAUGAAUUAACGUAGAAAAAAGUUGACGACAUUUUGUAGCAGUUGUCCAUCAAAACCAUGUGUGCUCCAAUGUUUCCAACAUUAUCAACAACGAUAAAUUACAUAUAUAAUACAUAGUAACAAAUAACAAUAAUUAAUUUAAUGUAUAAUGAUAAUAAAAUUUAUAAAAAUAACUUUUUUUCACAUAUUUUAAAGUAAUAAUAAAUCUUUCAUAAGUUUGAAUAUUUUAAUCAUUUUUUUUUCUUCAAAACCAUCUACUUUCUGUUGUCUACGCCAAUGUAAAAACUAUAUUUGUCUAUCCCCAAGCCGUAUUAAAAUAAAGUCCAUUUAAGAUAAUGUAGAGUUUUGUAACCGGCGACCCAAGCAGC